GCUUACAUACUGCUAUUCCUGAUUAUUGGAAGACUUUAGAAUCAGGUUUGUCUUGGGUUAUUGUCUAUAUGCUUGGAAGCUGGAGAGAAGAUAACACAGCAGGUCCAGAAAUGUCUUUGGUGUCUUUGGCAGACUUUAAGGCGCAUGCACAAGAGCAGCUGUCUAAGUCAUCAUGGGACUUUAUUGAAGGAGAAGCUGAUGAGGGCAUCACAAACAAUGACAACGUCGCAGCAUUUAAAAGACUCCGCCUCCGCCCCAGAUACCUGAGAGAUGUGUCAGAGGUGGACACCAGGACCACAAUCCAAGGGCAGGAGAUCAAGGCCCCCAUCUGUAUCUCACCCACCGCCUUUCACUCUAUUGCCUGGGCAGAUGGAGAAAGGAGCACAGCCAGAGCUGCUCAAGAAGCCAACAUCUGCUACAUCACCAGCACUUAUGCCAGCUGUACCCUAGAGGACAUUGUUGCUGCUGCCCCCAGAGGCCUCCGAUGGUUCCAGCUCUAUGUGCAGUCAGACUGGGAGCUCAACAAACUGCUGAUUCAGAGAGCAGAAGGCCAGGGUUUCAAAGCUUUGGUGAUCACUGUAGAUGCACCAGUAAUUGGCAAGAGGCGACAGGACAUAAGAAACCAACUGAAUUUAGAGGCAAACAUAAUGCUGAAGGACCUCCGUUCACCUGAAGUGAGAAAUUCCACACAUUCUGCCUCCAUGUCUUUUCCAAGUGCUUCUUUCUGCUGGAAUGAUCUCUCCUUGCUUCAAAGUAUAACUCGACUGCCCAUUAUCCUUAAAGGGAUUUUGACAAAAGAGGAUGCAGAAUUAGCAGUGAAACACAACGUCCAAGGCAUCUUUGUUUCCAACCACGGUGGGAGGCAGCUUGACGAAGUUCCUGCUUCAAUUGAUGCUCUGACAGAAGUAGUGGCCGCUGUCAAAGGGAAAGUUGAAGUGUACAUGGAUGGUGGGGUUCGAACUGGCAAUGAUGUCUUGAAGGCACUGGCCCUUGGGGCUAAGUGUGUUUUCCUUGGGAGACCAAUCCUCUGGGGCCUUGCCUGCAAGGGUGAACAUGGUGUUAAGGAAGUUUUAAAUAUUUUAAAAGCAGAGUUCCAAACUUCUAUGGCCCUUUCAGGCUGCAGGUCAGUUGCUGAGAUCAGUCCAGACCUGAUUCAGUUUUCCAGAUUGUAAGGAUCUACUGCAAUUGCCUAUAAGGGGAAGACAAGCCCUCAAUGUGGUGUGCAAUACUGUUCUUCUUAGGCUCAU